GCCAAUGGACGAGGAUAACAAAGGAAAGGCUGAGAUGAUCGACUUAACAAACUGGUCACACACUCACACAGAGAGAGAGACAGACAGAGAAAGAGAGAGAUGGAGGAGAAUAAAGAGAAGCAAAGAGUGUGCGUAACAGGUGCAGGAGGGUAUUUGGCAUCAUGGGUCGUGAAGUUUCUUCUCUCCAAGGGUUACAUGGUCCAUGGAACUGUUAGAGACCCCUGUGAUGAAAAGAAGAAUGGUCAUCUGAAGAAGUUGGAAAAAGCUGCAGAGAAUCUGCAACUCUUUAAGACAGACUUGCUGGACUAUGAAGGUCUGUGUGCUGCCAUUGCUGGAUGCACUGGGGUUUUUCAUGUCGCCUGUCCAGUACCUGCUAGUCGAAGUGUGCCUAAUCCUGAGGUGGAACUGCUUGAACCAGCUAUUACGGGUACUAGGAAUGUACUAAAUGCUUGUUUGAAGGCCAAGGUGAAAAAAGUUGUGGUUGUAUCAGCUACUGGAGCUGUCAUUUUCAACCCUUAUUGGCACAAGGAUCAGCCAAUGGAUGAAAGCUGUUGGACAGACACAGAACACUGCAAAUCAAUUCAGAACUGGUAUUGUGUUGGCAAGACUGUAUCAGAGCGUGAGGCUUUGGAGUAUGCAAGGAGAGGUGAACUCAACCUCGUAACAGUUUGUCCAUCCAUUAUCAUCGGGCCACUGUUGCAAUCGACAUUAAAUGCCAGUAGCUUAUUUCUUCUAAGGUGCAUGAAAGAUGCAAGUGAUACAAUGGAAGAUAGCUAUUGUCCAGUGGUAGAUGUGCGUGAUGUUGCUGAGGCAAUCCUCCUGGCAUAUGAAAAUCCAGAGGCAGAGGGGAGAUACAUAUGUUCUUCGUAUGACGUUCGAACACAAUUUCUGGUUGAAAAGUUGAAGAGCAUGUUUCCCAGCUACAAUUACCCUACAAAUUUUACAGAGGCAAAGGAUGGUUUGAAGCUGAAUUCCGAGAAGUUGCAGAAUUUGGGAUGGAAGUAUAGGGCGUUGGAAGAGACCAUAGUUGAUGCUGUUAAGAAUCUUGAAGAAAGUGGUUUGUUAAACAAAGACUAGUCAUCACAUGUUGUAUUGUAGCCGAAUAACAACAACUACAACUACAUAUAUAUUUCUAUAGUAAUAAUUGUGCUGACCUUGGCUUUUGCUAGCAGCAAAAUUCAUGUUUCUCAUUAUUUUUUCUUGUAUGUGCUGGGCUUCUUUUUGGUGAACAUGUCACACCACAACCACAAAACAAAACAUGCGCAGAGUAAACACACACACACAGUGGUCCCUCUCUCCUU